AUGAGCCUGUCCGUAUCAUAUCCAACCGCGUACCUUUCGUUGAAGGCGUUGGCUGACGAUGGCCUCACCCAAGUCCGAAAACUUGCAAGGACGCAUCAAUGGAUCCUUAUCUACGACAACAUCAACUAUUACGACUCAAAGUUCAACCAGAGACUCGACAACCGCAAUCGACAUCACGAGCCAUUCCAACACUAUGCCGUCCCGUUCAGAAUUCGCCCAAUCAGCCCGCUGGAUGUUUCAAAGACCUGGGCAUUUGAGAUCCCCGCUAUGGACAUCGACCAAUCUUCUCUCGACGGCAACAUGCGAGUCCUCGAGGAAGUCAAGAAACUGCUUCAGCUGGAUGAUGAGUGGUUCAGAAAUCAUGUCGUUAUUGUGGGAGGCAAUCAGCUGACGGUUUCGAGGGUCAGGACGAUGAUAAGAUACCGCGCUCCGGAUGUCUCGGCGUUCAAUCGGUUGCAGUGGGCGAUCCCUGUCCUACAGCUUUUCCAUCUUCAGAUGAUUGUGUGUGGCACCAUCCUUCGCACUCAUUAUGGGCAUAUCACAUCACCGGGGUCAUUGGCGUACAACAUCGGCAAGCUGGGACGGAAGCGCGUCGAUAAGACGAUGCCGUGCUAUUACACUGCGAAUGAGUUGCUGCGGAACACCUUUGACGCGAUGGUCAGGCGAAUGUGGCUGGUGGAGCUGGAUCGGAAGAGGCUGGAUACUUUGGAGGACGAUGUUAGUGGAUUUUGGGCUGGAGUUGAUUGUUAUCUCAUGGAGGACAGGCAGUGGUUCAUCAACCACGUCUUGAUGACCAAGGCCCGGGCGAUCAGGGACAAAUACCUCGCCAACUCAGCAACACUGUCACAAACACUCGGCACAGCAAACAUCAACGCAGCACUUUUUGUCAGGGACAUGGUGGCUUACAUGGAGCUUUCGGCAGCCAUCAAGGCCGGGGACAUUGGCGACUCGAGGCAAUCCUGA